UUUGAUCCAAAAUUUAAAUCAUUAGCACUCUAUCGCCCGCCUGUGACGUUGCCUGCUGCACGUCAAACUUCAAUUCCCGUCGGCAGAACUCGCGCGGUACCAACGCAGUGGCGCCGCGCGCCGCGCGAACAAUCCCCAUGUGCUGAGUGGGGGGCGGCGUGGGUCUGCGGAGCCUCUGUCGUCAGACCUGUUCCCGGGCAACUUUUUUGUCAGCUACUGAUGUCAGGAGACACACGAUGCCGAAAAAUUACGGUUGGCACCCCCUUUUAGUCGGACACACACAAGACACCAUCGCAGACAACACGGACGCUUCUCUGACCCUGUAGGACUCGUCUUUUACACAAUUCUUGUACAAUGUAACACCCAAUUGGUCUUUUUUUUCGAAUCUCUUCCCCGCAAAACACGCACCGCACCGCCCCCAGCCUAUCGCGCGCGCUCCCGCCGCCGCCGUCGUUGUCGCAGAGCCACCGCCUCUGCGGAACCACCCUUCCGUCUCUGCCUCUGACCCCUCUCCCACCCCAAAUGCCUCCAAAGCCAAGGAACGGCCACGACGACCCCAGCAAGCCAGAAAUCCCGCACUCGGCCGGCAAGCAUGGCCACAAGGACGGGCUGAACGGCACGCCCGCGUCGGCACAUCACCACCCCCACCACCACGUCGUCAAUGGGGGCAAGAUGCGUCGCGUCGCCAGCUCGGCCGGCACGAACUUGCGGGAGUCCAUGACGGCGGCGCAGUUCGCCGUCGCGCCUCCCGACGCAGGGCUGACCCCUGCCUCGGCCGCCGGUGGCGUCUCUUCGGCUUCUGCAGUCGCCCCGGACGGCACUGCUCAGGAGCCGGGCGCUCCUGGAGCGGCGGUCCAAUGGUCGUCAUUCGAUCGCUCCGUCCUCCAUUCCUACCGUCGCGUCUACCGAUUGAACACGCCGACUUCCUUCAUGACCGACUACCACCGCUGGGUCCUCUCGCGUCCGGGUAGCAUGGGGCUCCAGUCGCCGACGAUGCUUCGAUCGAGGGUGUUCAGGCGACAGGGCAAGGACCAGCUCGCGGGCGCAGUCCGCAAGCAUUUCAACAGCCAAGGGGUCCAGGAGAACGACGUAAUCGUCGACUUCUUGCACAAAGUCCACACGACGGCGUCGGGCGCAACGUCCAAGCCGGGGAGAAUACGAAAAAAGGACGCAAACACAUAGGCACAACCGAGGAACAGACGAAAGGAUGACAGAAAAUACAUGCAGCCGAUAAACACUCUUCACGGCUUAUGACGCCAGACAUAUAUGAGACGGACGGUUGGAUGAACCAACGCCGUACCAGGAGAGAAAGCACUGGGUCUAGUGGUUUGUGCGGAGUUUUGCGCGUCGCGCCAGUUGGCGACUUGGCGUGUACAUGUAUAGCGGGCUGCAACGGAAGGAUUGAAGGCGACGACGGGGCGCACUGACACAGCCAGCGAUUAGCGGCCUCUCCAGGAGAGCCGGACGGGCCUCCUGCCAAUUUCUAUUUUUAUAUUUAUACCUCAACUGACCGCACCCUCUCCUUUCUGCAAUUCGCGCUGGGGACACUGGGACUUUUUCUUUCGCCCAUUGAUCAAUGUC